GCGGUACAGGGCCAUGUGCGUUCGAGAUUCGGUAGCUCUAGGCGCCGCCGUUUUUGCGCAACGCGAGGAACAUGCAUACAUAAAGAUUAUUUAAUAAUACGACGACACUGCAGGCGUACAACAACGCGUAUGAAUUAUUAUUAUGCAAUAAAAAAAUAAGUAGUUUUUAUUGUAAAGUUUUCUGGCGUGGGAAAUUCUUUGAAGAUGCUGAUCCACCCAGACAACAAAAACAUUUUCGAAGACGUCUUGAAACACGGAAUAAUAAUAAUUAAUAAAAACGAUAAGUAAGAUGUGAAAAAAAGGCAAUAAGUAACCAAAUGCGGCAACCCGGAAGAAGCGCGCAAGUGAAGAUGAUGAGAUGGGAACUACUUGCACACCAUCACUUUUCCUUUUUCUUUUUAGAGCCAGCCAGAGAAUUCGCGCGAAUGCACAGCGAAAUCACCAUGAGGUUCUUGUUUCAAGAAAUUACUUCAUCUCUGCACCAAUAGGGAUUGGUUAUUAAAUACAAUAUGCUGCUUUAUCUACAGGAUUACAAGAUAUUGCUUUUUAUGACUGCCUGGCUUUUUGUUGAGCACACACUUGGAGCUUUAAAGUACGGUGCAAGAAUUCAACCGCUAAGAAAAAUAAUACCACUGCACACUGAACUUUGUGGAUUGCACAUCAAAUGUAAUAAUACAAUCCCCAAACAGAAAAGCAACAUGUACCUGCCAAAAAGAGAUGAAAACUUUCAUGCCAGUACAAAGAGGGUUGAUACAGAUUUGGUUAGUUCAGUGAAAGAAUAUAAAUCCACAACCCAGGAGCCUCAUCAAGGACUAAUACCUACAAUAAGCAAAGCAACCCAGACUUCUAGUGCAUUUCAUUCACAGCAAACUGGAGAAAAUGAUAAAAGGGGUGCUAGUUUUUUCUUCACACAAGUAGAACCACAUAGGUUUGAAUACCGGGCUAUGUUUCAACAUCAUAAAAAUCAACAUAAUUUUGAACCAUUUGUACAUCAUUUUGAUAGCUUUGGAGAUUUUCCACCUCUGCCAAAGUUUCCACCCUUUCCCGAGUUUCCAGAUUUUUUCCAGGACCAUAAAGAUCCCUUUCCAAAUUUUCCAGGAUUCUCUUUUCCAACUCUACCUCCAUCCAUCAAGAGGGCUUGGCUACCACCACCUGAAGAAGUACAGACACCACAUCCAAUAUUGGAUGAUAAUUUUGAUGGCCCAUUAAUUGAAAAUUACGAUGGACUGCUCAGUCACAAGCGCUAUCCUAAGAUAUUUCGCUUCAAUGAAGAACGAAUAAAUAUUGAGGACUUUGACAAGGAAAAGAAAUUAAAAUAUCUUACACUUUCUAAAUCUGGAAGAAAUGAAGUCCAAGAACAUGAUAAUGUUAAACGUGAACAGUUACUUAUUUUACAUGGUGGUGUCUUUACAGUACAAGAGCCACCGCUAUAUAACAAGCAUCUUAAAAAAAUUAGAAGGCUAAAUUAUUUUCAUACAUAAAAACCCUCAGUCAACUUUUGAAAAAUCAAAUACUACAAGAAAUGAAAGCAUUAGUACAAAGUGUAUUAAAAGCUUUACCUAUAAUUUUAAAUAUUAAUGUAUAUAGUAAUUUGUUAAAAUUAAAAAGUGCACUAUAAAAAUUAUUUCGCAGCUGUACUUAAAUUGUUUGAAAGCAGAUGAAUGGAAAGUAAGCAAAUUUUCAAAGUAUGAAAUUCAGCACUGAACUAGGUAAUUACUUACGCAGAAACUGAAAAUUUAUUAUUAAAAAAACUGAAAUUUUCAAAACUUAAAAACUAGAAAUAAAAAUAUAAGCAUAAAAAUAA